GGAAGUGACGGUUGUCAUGGGACAUUGUUUACGGAAGGGAUGUGUUUAACCAGCAAUUGAGCAAAACUACUUUGUUUCAGUCCGUUUAUGUUCUUACGAGCAACACUGUUGUUUUUGUUCGACUAAGAAGCUUCCGUUAAAACAAAAUAUGAAACUACAUUUUACAAUUUGAGUGAACCCGAACCCGCUCCGUAAACGUGACCUACCUUUACGACAUGGCAGCGUUUCCGUCUCUCGCUGCUCCUGGAUCAGUUGUAGUCUCAGACUGGCACCGAUGUAAGGAGAGCAAGGAGUUUUUCAGCAAGAUUCUGCAGAAAAUGAGACGAAAAAACUUCGGCUUGUUGGAGUCCCCGGUGAUGCCCCCACACGCAGCUGUGGACACAGUGGAUUAUAAGGUUUUUCUAACUGGGAAAAGUGGAGUGGGGAAGACUUCUCUUGCUGCACGUCUUGCAGGCCUGAGUGUCCCGAAAGUUCACUAUGAAACGACAGGUAUUGAAGUGUCGGUCAUUUACUGGCCGGUGAAGCUGCGGGACAGUGGUCGAGUCCUCUUCUUUCGCCUGCAGCUGUGGGACUGUGGAGACAACGCCUCACGGAGAUUUGACCAUUUACUCCCAUCCUGUAAGGAACAGGUGGAUGCCGUUCUCUUCCUGUUUUCCUUCACGGACAGGACGUCUUUUGAUGACCUGUCCAAUCAGAUCACUAAGUGGACAGAGCCGUCAGUGUGUCACAUCGUCAAGGUGGUCGUUGGAACCAAAUAUGACCUCUUCAUGCACUGUGACGUCACGGAGAGAGAUGUGCAGGAUUUCCAGGAGACGUGGAGGUUACCGCUGCUGCGUGUGGGCGGGGAGGUCAGCGAGGGUCUGGGUGACGUGGCCCCCGUGUUGAACUGCUUGGCGGAACAGCUGUGGCACCAGGACUGCAUCGCUGCUGGAUCGACCUGCCGCCAAACACGGGAGAAAACAGUGACUCUGAUCUGAACACCGGACACUGGAGCAGGAGGACGAAAACGUCCAUGGGUGUUUACCUGUGAGCGACGACCAUGGUGAUGGUGAUCUUCUGGAGACUGCAGUCUCUGAACGGCUGAUUUGGGCUGUCCGAUGCCUCGAUAUUUCAAUAUGUAACGAUAUAUUUGUAAACACCGGACAAUACGGCUUAUUCUGUGUCUGCAACGAAGGGCAUUCAGGUACCAUUGGAAAUGUGAGGAUCUGACAAAUAAGUUACUGAAACUGUUUGGAGCAUCUGUGUGCAGGAAACUUUUUUUUUAAUUCAAGGAUAAUUUUCCUUUCAUAUUAUUUGAGUUUUUUUUUGUUUUAUAUACUUUGAUAUUACUCAGACUCUCAUCUGUUAAUAAAGAUGUCUGUGUGAUGUAAGAAUUUGGUUUUUUCAAGGUUCUUUUGGAAAGAAAUUAAUCUAAUUUG